CUUCUGGAUUUUAUUGACAAUUGCACUCUUUGGUGCUUUACACUUUACUUACUUCUGCAGCAGCUAUACUCUGUGUUAAUUAUUAUGCGGAUGCCUUCCCUUUGAUUUUCAGUUUCAUUUUUUGCAUCUUGUUAUAUUCUGCUGUGUUUCUGAUUAUUGAAAAUAUAUCGAAUAUUUAUUUUCUAUUUACGAAUGGAGUUAUUAUUCUCAAAUGAUUAAUUGGUUGCAUUAUUUGUUCUUGUUAAAAUUUGGAUUUUGGACUGAACUUAACUUCUUCUUCCAACUAUGAGGCCUCAAUUCCACAAUUGCAGCAUGUGCCUAUAUUGAUUCUUCAUUUCUUGUGUGUGUAUUAGUUCAAUUGUUGGUGCAACUUGGCUGAGCUAAAACAUUCUGUGGACCUGGGAGCAAUUUGAAUGAGAUAGAUGAUGCCUAAGAAUGGGAGGAGGAAGAAUGUUGCCUAUUUUGGGAGCCUUCCGGCAUCAUAUUUGUUUGAGAACGAGCUCUCUAACUGCAUCAACACCACGUGCUUUCACUAGCCAAAUUAUAAAGUCCCCCUCUCUUCUCUCACUUGACCUUUCGGAUUCAUGGUCUUCUCCUUCCAAGCAAUCUGAAGAAUCGUAUACCCCCGAAGAAUACUCAAACAACUGCAUUGCUAAAAUAAUUGAUGGAAAAGCAAUUGCUGAGAAUAUAAGAUCUAGAAUAGCUUCUGAAGUAAGCAGAAUGAAGGAAUUGAUAGGACAUGUUCCCGGUUUGGCUGUCAUAUUAGUCGGUCAACGAAGAGAUUCUCAAACAUAUGUCCGCAACAAAAUCAUUGCAAGCGAAGAAGUUGGCAUCAAGAUUAAGAUGAUCUCGCUUCCAGAAAAUUGUGAUGAAUGUGAAGUUUGUAAUGUUUUGUGUAGAUUUAACAAGGACCCUUCGGUUCAUGGUGUUCUUGUGCAGCUUCCAUUGCCACAGCAUCUGGACGAGGCCAAAAUACUGAAUGUGAUAAACGUAGAGAAAGAUGUUGAUGGUUUUCAUCCUGUGAACAUGGGGAAUUUGGCGAUGCAAGGAAUGGAGCCAUUGUUCAUUCCUUGUACCCCAAAAGGUUGUAUUGAGUUACUUGUGCAGUCUGGUGUUGAAAUCACAGGGAAGAAGGCUGUGGUCAUUGGCAGGAGCAACAUUGUUGGAUUACCAAUGUCCUUGCUGCUGCAGAGGCACCAUGCUACUGUGACUGUUGUUCAUGAUUUUACAAAGAAGCCGGAAAAAAUUACCCGUGAAGCUGAUAUAUUAGUUACUGCUGCUGGAGUUGCCAAUCUGGUCCGUGGUAGUUGGUUAAAGCCUGGUGUUGUUAUAGUUGAUGUUGGAACUAACCCAAUCGAGGAUAGGAGAAGCGAGCAUGGGUACAGACUCAUCGGAGACGUGUGUUUGGAGGAAGCAAUAAGAACAGCUUCAGCAAUAACGCCUGUGCCUGGAGGAGUUGGACCUAUGACUGUUGCUAUGCUGCUUUACAACACUCUUCUCUCAGCAAAACGUGCCUUCAACUUUACUUAACCAUAUCUAUCAAUCAAUUCCUCACCUCAAACCAUAUGUAUCAAUCAAUUUCUAUUUUCAAACCAUAUAUAUGAUACUUCUUUACUUUUUCCCCCUUUCUCAUUUUUACCCAUUACCAUAUAUUCCUUUUUUAUUUUAUUUUUUUUACAUCUUGCUCUCGGAAUUGUUUCUGUAAAUAUCUUACAGCUC